CCCGGCCGCGGGGAUUGGCUGGCGCGGUGCGUCUCGCGAGGCCAUUGGGCCGGGCCGGGCCGGGCCGAGCGUCACUGGCCCCGAUGGCUUCGUACUUCGAGGAGCACAACUGCGAGCCCGGCGAGCGCGCCCGGGAGAACCUGCUGCUGGAGCUCGCCAGGACCCUGUUCAGUGGGCAGCAGAUCGACCUGGGUGCCGUGGACUUCACCGACUGGGAGCAGCGGCUGCCCCCGCCGGCCGCCCGGCGGGCCGUGCUGAGCCUCCCCACGGUGCGGGUGACGCCGGCCCAGGCAGACAAAGGGCUGAAAUGCCCCGUGUGCCUGCUGGAGUUCGAGGAGGAUGAGGGGGCCAGGAAGAUGCCCUGCGAGCAUCUCUUCCACUCAGGCUGCAUCCUGCCCUGGCUGGGGAAGACCAACUCCUGCCCUCUCUGCCGCCACGAGCUGCCCACGGACGACCAGGAAUACGAAGAAUACAAGAAAGACAAGGUGCGGAGGGAGCAGCGCGAGCACCGGCUGGAGUACCUGCACGGGGCCAUGUACACGUGACCAGGGGGUGCCCCACCCUGGCCCCCCACCUGCCUGGGGCAUUGGAUGCCCUCUCUGGGUCAGUGGGGGUGACCCCUCAGCAUGGGUACAAAGUUGCCUCCAUUCCAGAGCUGGGUCCACAGGGGGUGUCCCCUGACAUGGACAGGGCCCCUCCUUUGCUGAGCAACCCCACAUCCCCAUGGAUCAGCCCUCGGCAUCUCCCCCACUUUGCUGUGGGGUAGGGGCAGGGGUAACACUGACCAACCCCUCCCCCAUUGUCCAGCCAUCUCUCCAGGCUGAUUAAAGGUGUUUUUCUCUGA